GGAAUGGAGAGCAAUAAAGACGAGGCAAUCAAGUGCCUCGCAAUAGCGCAGAAGCACCGCAGCGCGGGGAAUCUCGCCUCGGCCAAGCGGUUCUGCCAGAAGUCCUUGAACCUGUUUACGACGCCAGAGGGCACGAAGCUGCUCGAGCUCGUAGAGACAGAGAUGGCAGACCAGCCGCCCGCCUCCGAGUCUUCCUCUUCAUCGGGUGCUGCGGGCCCAAGCACGGCAUUCUCAUCAUCGGCGGAGACGCACCCAUCGUCAUCAGGCACUCGUCAUCGACACACGGAGUCGAGUUCACAAGCGAAUGGAAAGGCUAAUGGGUCUGCGAAGACGGAGGAGAAGAAGAGGGACUACACGCCCGAGCAAGCGGCGCUCGUGAAGCGGAUACAGGCGUGCAAGGUGACAGAGUACUAUGAGAUAAUGUCGCUGAAGAGAGACUGCGAGGAGGCCGAGGUUAAGAAGGCUUAUAGAAAGCUUGCCCUAGCAUUGCACCCAGACAAAAAUGGGGCACCAGGAGCCGACGAAGCAUUCAAGUUGGUCUCCAAAGCGUUUCAAGUUCUGUCUGACCCACAAAAGAAGGCGGCAUACGACCAGUACGGGUCUGACCCUGAGUCACGCUUCGGCGGACAGCCGUCCUUCUCGCGAGCAUCGUCUGCAGGGACACCGUUCGCACAAGGCUUCGAUGGAGAGCUGAGUCCGGAGGAUCUGUUUAACAUGUUCUUUGGCGGAGGUAUGGGGCCUGGCGGGUCAUUCGGUGGUGGACCCAUGUUCACAGCAUCCUUUGGACCUGGCGGUUUCCGCACUACGCGGGUACGAACGAACACGCAACAGCAACGUCAGAACGCCGAACCUCGCUCUAUCUUUGUUCAGCUCCUCCCUCUGUUCAUUCUCUUUGGCUUUUCACUCCUCAAUGCCCUACCGAGCCUGUUUGGCACGCCACCCACUCCUGAUCCGAGAUUCUCCUUCGCGGCGACGCCUCGGUACAACGUCGAGCGGACGACGAACGGCUUGGGCAUCAAGUACCAUGUCAACGCGGCGGAGUUCUCGGGGCACCCUAUUGCCGCUGAGCUCGCGCGCAGUGACAGAAAACCUGGUACUGAGCUGAAGAGGUUUGAGUCGAAUGUGGAGAGGACUUACACUUCAGACCUCUAUGCUAAGUGCCAGAGGAGCGUGGAUCACAAAGAGCGGCGGAAAAACCAGGAGGUGGGCAUGUUUGGCAUCGGCACGGACUGGGAGAAGGUGCGCCGAAUAGAUGCAGAGCCGAUCGAGAGCUGCGAGGAGUUACGAAGGCUGGGCCUGCUACAGUGAAGCGUCCAUCGUAAUUUAUUAUGUUCUCAUCCUUUCACACCUUUCAUGCACAGUCUUUGAUGUAUAUGCUGAAGGAUGUAUCUUGGAUAUAUCUCGCGUGGACAGG